AUGAAGCUUGCUAACCCCGGACCCCUUGGCCUCCUUUCUUUCGCCAUCACGACUUUCGUUCUAGGACUUUAUGAAUGUGGCGCUGGACUUCCUGGUUCAAAUCCCCAAGGCAGUGUCGGUCCAAAUCAGGCAGUCUUCGGACUUGCAGUAUUUAUGGGCGGCACAAUCCAGACCAUCGCUGGCAUCAUGGAGUUUCGCGUUGGGAAUACCUUUGGUUCAACUGUCCACUGCUCCUAUGGGGCAUUCUGGCUCAGCUAUGCGAUGUUUUUGCUGCCCUACCUUGGGAUUGAAGCCGCGUAUAAAGGGGAUGAACGGGCAUAUACCUUUGCUUUAGGCAUAUUCUUGAUCCUAUGGUGCUUUCUGACAUUUCUCUUCCUAGUCGCAGCCCUCCGAACUAACAUUGCUAUCCUUUGCGUGUUUUUCUUCCUGACCCUUGCCUUUUUCUUCUUGGCCGUGGCCAACUUUGUUGCAACCGAACAUGCCACUGCAAGCCUGCGUUUGAACAAAGUCGGUGGAGCAUUCAGUGUUGUUUGUGCAUUCUGCGCAUUUUAUGCCGGUGCUUCAGGCCUUAUGAUCCCUGAGACGACAUUUGUGCGCUUUCCCCUUGGCGAGAUUGUCUCCAGUCCGGAUCGUGGAUAA